UCCUGGUAUGAUUCUGUCCUACGCGGCUAUUCUGUGGAGCAGCGUCGGUUUAUCUCCGUCCGCCUUCUCUCCCACCGAAGUGCCCGCCGCCACCUGAUGGAAGACGCGAUGGAUGUGGACAUGAGCCCCCCGAGGCCCCAAAACAGUCUUUUCGGUUGUGAACUAAAGGCCGACAAAGAUGAUCACUUUAAGGUGGAUAAUGAUGAAAACGAGCACCAGUUGUGUUUAAGAACGGUCAGUUUAGGGGCUGGUGCAGAGGAUGAAUUGUACGUUGUUGAAGCAGAGGCAAUGAAUUACGAAGGUAGUCCAAAUCAAGUAACACUGGCAACUUUGAAAAUGUCUGCGAAAAUGUCUGUACAGCCAACGGUUUCCCUUGGGGGCUUUGAAAUCCCACCACCAGUGGUCUUAAGGUUGAAGUGUGGUUCAGGUCCAGUGCAUAUUAGUGGACAGCACUUAGUAGCUGUGGAGGAAGAUGCCGAGUCAGAAGAUGAAGAGGAGGAGGAUGUGAAACUCUUAAGUAUAUCAGGAAAGCGGUCUGCCCCUGGAAGUGGUAGCAAGGUUCCACAGAAAAAAGUAAAACUUGCUGCUGCUGAAGAUGAUGAUGAAGAUAAUGAUGACGAAGAAGAUGAUGAUUCUGAUGAUGAGGAAGCUGAAGAAAAAGCACCAGUGAAAAAAGGACAAGAAUCCUUCAAAAAACAGGAAAAAAUUCCUAAAACACCAAAAAGACCUAGUUCUGUAGAAGACAUUAAAGCAAAAAUGCAAGCAAGUAUAGAAAAAGGUGGCUUUCUUCGCAGAGUGGAAGCCAAGUUCAUCAAUUAUGUGAAGAAUUGCUUCCGUACAACUGAGCGGGAGGCUAUUCAAGAUCUCUGGCAGUGGAGGAAGUCUCUUUAAGAAAAUAGUUUAAACAAUUUGUUAAAAAUUUUCCGUCUUAUUUCAUUUCUGUAAUAGUUGAUAUCUGGUUGUCGUUUUUAUAAUGCAGAGUGAGAACUUUCCCUACCAUGUUUGAUAAGUGUUGUCAAGAAUGUGUUGUCCAAAAUGCCUGUUUAGUUUUUAAAGAUGGAGCUCUACCCUUUGCUUGGUUUUAAGUGUGUAUGGAAUGUUAUGAUAGGACAUAGUAGUAGCAGUGGUCAGACAUGGAAAUGGUGGGGAGACAAAAAUAUACAUGUGAAAUAAAACUCAGUAUUUUAAUAAAGUAAAAAAAAAAAAAAAAA